AUGGACCUGGGGACCCGCUGCAGCCGAGCCCUGCGCCCGGCAUGGAGGCGCGGGCGCUGGCGCUGUGGGCCCUGCUGGCCGUCCUGGCGCCGGACCGUGCGGACCGCGGAGCCGGGGCAGGCCCCCGCGAAGGAGCUGUGCCGGCCCGCGGGGUGCGCCCGCGCCGACCGCGUGUGCGUGGGCCACACCGUCACCUUCUACUCCAAAUCCAAGGUGGGGGUUAUGCUCAGCAAGCGCUGCGCGCCCCGGUGCCCCAACAGCAACAUGGCCUACGAGUGGCUGUCGGAGCCCUGGCUCUUCAGGAGGGUGCAACGGCAGUGCUGCAACGUGAGCUUCUGCAACGCGGCGCCCCCCGCCCCGGGGCGGCCCGGGGCCCGGCCGGGCGCGCUGCUGCUCCCGCUGGGCCUCAGCCUCCUCGCGGCCUCCCCGUGA